UCGACGUGAUUCGACGACACUGCAUACAAAACACUCUACUGUGUAAAAAACAUUAUUUUAUACAAAGUACUGUGUAAAUAAAGGUACAGAAAAUGGCAGAAACGGACUGGAGAGAAAUUCUAAGUUUCUCACAACGAGAACUCAUGCAGGCCGAUAAGGAAAAACUGUGCGAGAGCUUGUCUUGGAUGGAAGCAGACGAUAUUGAAUUAAACUUUUCAGACUUGAAAACGCUAUUUCGACUGGCUCAAGAUAUUUUAAAAUACAAAAGUGAACAGGUAAACAAUCUGCAUGGACAACUGGAAACUGUCCAAAGAAAAGGCGGUAAAUCAAGAACAAAGGGGUCAUAUGCCGAAUCCCCAAGCAAAGGUUCUGACAGUAUCAUGGAAACUAUUGCUAAUCAAGAAGAAGUAAUCAAAGCUAAUAAAGAAAUACUCGAACAAUUAUACGCUGACAUCGCCGAAUUAGAAGGAAAGAAAAGUAAAUUGGAAGACGAUAGAGACAACGUUGAUAAAGACAGUGAAUCAAGUCGAGAUGUUCUAUCAGAGAUAAACGAGGUUGCUCAACUUGAAAACGAUAUAACUAUGAAGAAUAGGCACAUCAGAAAAUUGCUCAGUGAUGUCAAAGUUUUAGAAGAAGAAAACACCAAACUCAAGGAAAAGCUCUCAGUUGUGAAAGAUAAACUGACUGAAGCUACAAAUCUUAUAGAAAAUUUAACUGAACAGUUAACCGCCCUAAAUAAUGAAUCUUUACAGUUAAAAGAAAUGUUAGGUAAAUCCGAAGAAUCUAAAAGUCUCUUAUCCAUGGAAAUCGAGUCGCUCAGAAAAGAGUUGAUUGAUAAAGAUUCUAACAAAGAUAGCAUUUAUAAUGAAAUAAAAUCUAAAGCGCAACAUUGGAAGAAUGUAGCUCGAUCUAAGAAAGCCGAAGUCGAAGCAUUGUCUAACGAAAACAACCAAUUAAAAGAGAAUCUAAGUCGCACAAUACAACCUUCUUCACCGCCAAAGUCCCGACAGAGAGAUGCAGAAGAGCGCAAAAUUAAAGAAUUGCAACUUAAAUUAUCUGAAGCAUCGAAGCAAAUAGAGAAUUCCGCCGAUUUGAUUGAAAAAUUAAAAAUAGAAAAUCAACAAAUGAAGUCACUGAUCGAAGACACUGUUGAGUCAGCUGUAUCCGAAACUAAAAAUGAAUGUGAUGAUAAUAAAGAAAGAAGUUUGAUAAUAAAAUUAAAAAAGAAGGUUAAAUCAUUGACUGUAGCUUUGCAAGAAGCUGAAGAAAUGAUCGUUGUUAGAGAUAAAGAGCUAGCAGAUAUCACCUCUGAACUGCAACUAGUCCAGUCUGAUGAAGGUAUCAAGUCAUUACUAGACGGACUCAAAAAUAAGAAACGUCAGCUAAAACUGAAAGAUGAAGGAAUCAAGUCGUUGGUUCAAGAUGUGAACACUUUAAAUCAACUAGUAGAUGAAUUGCAACUAGAAAAUGAAACUUUCAGACGAAAACUCAAUAUACCAAUCGGGGAAAAAGUUCCAACAAAGGGGAUUCUAAAAAAAGUUUAUGAAACAGAAGAAAAGUAUAAUAAAAUGUGCAAAUAUCUAAAAAAGACUGAAGAUAAACUUACCCAGGUGGAGUUGGAUAAUCGAGUUCUAAAAACAAAAUGUAAUAAGUUCAUCGAUAUGUUGUCUGAAGUAGGAUGUGCAAAAGAAGAAAUUGAUAAGAUAAUUCAAGAAAGUGAAUAUUACAAUGAUACUGAUAAUGAUGGGGUAAAUGGUGAAGGUAGCCCACAAAAAGAUUCAAAGAAAGACUGCAAUUGUGGAGCAGAAAUGCAAGUAAUAGCAGACGAAAAUGAAGGACUCAGGAAAGGCCUCCAAGAAAUUUUGAAUUUCUUAAAAGAUAAUAGUACCACAUCUUCAGGAAUCUUAUCUUUAGAGUGUCCUAGUUUGGAUGCGAUAUUACAAUCAAUGGAAGCACGUCAUGCUGCUGGUUGGUUCGCUCCUCAUAUGGCUACGGUCAUGGAACUACGAGCGGCUUUGGGUGGUAGAGAUGCACUUCUCAGUGCAUUACAUGAAGCUAGGAAAGAAACAUUCGAUGUUAUGGCCCAACUUUCCAAAGAGACUCAAAAAUCUAAAGAGUUAGAACACCAAUUAGAAGAAAUUAAAUCGGAACAACAGAAGUCAGAAAGACAUGACACAAGCAAUGAAACACAGAAAGUAGAAGUACCAACGAGAAUUACACUUGGUGAAUUUGGAUCGUGGAUGUCUUUUGAGGAGGAUAGUAAAAUUGAUUUCAAAAAUAAAGAUCAAAUAGAAAGCUAUAUCUCACAACGAAAUGCUUCGUAUGAAGAUUACUUAAAACGUGGUCUAGGUUACUUUCACGAGAAGUUUAAAACUUUGUUUGAAAAGAUGACAUCGAUAGUUGUACAGACAGCUGACCAACAAAAUAAGUGGUCAAUUCAAGAAGAACAUUAUAAAGCACAAAUCGAAAAUUUAAGGGCUCAAAUAUCUCAACACGAAGAAGAAGAUAUAAGUGAAGACUCCCCUGGACUUAUUCCGAUACACCAUUCAAGUUCCUUGGAAAGAAAGUGUUCAUACUUAGAAGAGUCCUAUAAAUACAUCAGAACUAUCAAUGAAAAUAUGAAGAAUGAAAUAUUAGAAAGUAAAAAGGAAUCAAUGCAUAUGACACUUGAUUACGAAACUCAAAUUCAAAGUCUUAUGCUUAUAAUAGCAAACCUAUUUGAUAAACUGCGAAGUUCAAUAUCUAUAGAUCUUUUUUGGAAUCAAAAUGCAGCUUUAAAUCAAUCUAUGACAAACCUCCGAAAAGUGUUAGAAGAAAACAUGCAGAGAGAAGAAACACUCGAUUUCUUCAAGUAUCUAAAUGAUCAGAAAAUGGAUAUGAUUAACUUCAUCAGAAAUGAUUUACAAUGUAGUGAAAACAAAGGUGAUGAACAGAAAGUGAAAAGCAUACUAAGUGGCGCAGAACAAACAAUAACAAAGAAACAAUUGGAAGCAAUGUGCACUGAACUCGAAAGGAAAGAAAAGGAAAUCAGAUUAUUGGAAUCGAAAAAUAUUGAAUUACAAGAAAGACAAGCGAAAUUAAUAGAUGAUAAUUUGGCAUCGUCGACAAAAGAGGAAAUAGAUCUCACGAAGACACAAUUGAAAAAACUAGUUGAUGAGAAUACAAUCCUGAAGGAACAAUGCCAACACAUAGGAAGUCAACUCGAUAUUGCGUUACUACAGUUACAAGAUAGUCAACAAAGGCAAAUGAGUAAUGAUAUGGAAAUCAAUAUGCUGAGGCACCAGAUAUUGGAUUUACAAGCUGUUGGUGAUAACAAAGCUAUCAUUGCAAGGCUAAGCGGAGAAGUAUUAGUAGCACAUUUACAAGCAUCGGAAAGCCAUAAGAAGAUAGAUAGAUUGAGUGCAUCGUUGAACAAAGAGAAACAAGCUAGAGUCGAAGCUGAAGAAAUGCUAAUAGCACGGCAAAAGGUUUUCGACAUCUAUGCACUGAGAUAUGAAUCUAAAUUCAGGUAUAUUUAUGAAGUAAUGCAAGCUCUUAGACAACAAUAUCAUGGGGGUUUACCAAUCACGUCAAUUGAAAACUACCUCAACAAGAAAGAAGAUCUCCGACGAAAAUCACGCGCAGCCGAUGAAAAACUACAAGAUAUUGAAGAACUUCAGAUCAGUUUGAUGACAAAACAUUCUGUUUUUGAACAAGUAUUGGAUCUUUCGAAAAAUAAAUGCAUUGAAGAGGAAGAUGGUUGUCCUCAUAAGUUGAAAAAUAUGGUCAUGGAAGGAAUACAUUCUCGAGAGGAAAAACAUAAUGACAAAAAGCUUCAAAUAUUAGAACAGUCUCGAGAAGAACUAUUGAAAUAUUGUAACGAACUGGAAAACACCUUAGUUCUUGUAAAUCAGGGUUUCGAAAAAUCCAAUAUAGUUACCAGAAACAUCGACAAAGAAGAUGACCCUAACUUGAAAGUAGAAGAUAUUCAUUCAGAUGAAGAAUCAAGUGGCAGAAAAAGUCAAACAAUCACUUUAGAAAAACCGCAAGUAUUAAAACCAAAUCAAAUUCCAAAUGGAAAAAAUCAUGUCACCGACAAUAAAAUGGAGGCAAAACCCGGGAAAUCAAGUGUAAAUGAAGCAAACCAAAAAGUUGUAAAAACCAACAUCUCUAUACAAACAGAAAAUUCGGUAGUCCAGAAAGAAGCUAAAUUAAUACAAACAGAAAGAGACCAAGAAAAUGCCGAUUUAAAGAAAAAAAAUGCUAGUCUUAAAACAGAAAAUGAUAAACUUAAAAAGGAGCUUAACGAUGCAAUUGCCUUGGCUAAUCGACAUAUUGAUGACAUAAAUAAAAUUCAUGCUGAGCAAAUCAGUAUGAAAAGUAAAAUUGAAAAUCUUAUUGCGUCCAACCACCAGAAAGAUUUGUCAAAUGAAAGACUUCGCGCGACGAUUGAAGAAUUAAAACGACAGAAUGACGAUUUUAGAUCUGUCCAAGUGGCACAGCGUAAUAAAUUAAGAGAUGCAGCAAACGAAGAAAAUAAAUCGUUAUUACAUGCCAUUAAGCAAUUGGAGAGCGACAAAGAUAGUAUUGUGUCCGAAUACCAAGAAUUGCUGCAAAUUGAAAGAAAUGAGUAUUCAAAAUCUAUGAAAGAGUUAAAUACCAAAAUAUUAGAACUGCAACAUAAACUAGAUAGAAAGGAUAGUGCUACUAACUCAUCCAACGCAGAAGCCGUGAAGGAAGUCAUCAGCAAGUAUACGAGAAAAAUUGCGAUUCUUGAAGAUAAGUGUUUCAAAGCGCAAAGUGAACUGGAGAGUCGCAGAACGGAAUUGGUGACGUAUCAAAGUGAAUUGGAUCGGUGGAAGGAUUUAGCUAACGAGAGACUGGCCAAAAUGGAACAACUCAACUCGCAACUAGAAGAACGCCAUAGUCACGAGGUAGAGUCUUACAAAGCAGAAAAUCAGCACUGGCUGUCGCAAUUGAACGAAACUCAACGUGAACAUUUAGAGUUGCGUUCAAGAUUAACGGAACAGAAGGCUUCUUACGUCAAACAACUUUCUGAUAAAGAUUCCAUAAUAGAACAACUUCGCUCGGCAGUUCACAAUUUGAAGACGCAAAUCAUAAGUAUGCAAAGUAUGAUAUCUGUAAAUGAUCCCAGCUUUGACCUUUCCGCUAUCGUGGAGGUUGAUGAAAGUAGUGACAUGAUCUCGCACCAUGGCUCUGAAAGAUUGGAAUUAAGAUUUGACUCCACUAUUGACUUACGCGAAAUGGAUGAUGUUAUACGGAUGCCUGCCUCGUCUACAGCAAUUUGGCAAGAACCAGUAAUAGAAAGACUUCGACAAGAAAAGCAGUUUACGAGCAAACAGAACGCUAUACUCCGGAGACAGAUAAAGGCUUUAGCAGCCCGAGAGAGACGCGCUCGGCUCGACGCACAGAACUUGAAGAAUCAAGUGUUUAGAAUAAGCACAUCUGGUAGCAAGGCAGUGACUGCCGAGUCAGCAGCUCUCCAAAGUAAAAUUGCUUCUCUCCAAGCUCAACUCACCAGCGCGAGACGGGACUCAAGUUCUUCUAUUGCUUUAUGGGAUAAGUGGAAGAGAGCGCAACAAACAUCUGAACGUUGGCAAGCACGCUACGAGGAAAAAUGUCAAGAAGUCAAAAAGUUGGAAGGUAGUCUUAAUCUAGCAAAGUCAGCUGUUGCCAGGCUGGAGAAGGAGAAACGUUUACUGCUUUCGAGGCUUACUGAAGUGAAACAUGAAAAGCAACUGUCUAUAGAGAAGCAAGACAGUGAGGCACUAGAGAAAUCUUACCGUCAGAGCGAGCGAGACAGCAUGCAGUCACCGCCUCCCGUGUCUGCGCGCGCGCUUCUUGACCGAGUCCAAGCGCAGCAACGGCGCAUUGCGGCACUUGAGGUCGCAGAAAAGGGAAAUGAACUUCUAGUAUCAGAGUAUGAAAGAUCACUGGCUGAAAUAACAUCCUUGAAGGGGCAGGUACUGAAACUUGAAUCGACACUGCUAGAGUCGCAGAUUCGAACUCCCCUCCAGUCAACACACGAUGCUCAGCCAGAGGUCGACUAUUGGAAAAGUUACUGCGAAAUGCUGAAAGAAGAGAAUGUACAACUCAAUAUGCGAGUAAACGCUCUAGAGACAUCUCCGACGACCGCCAACCAUCACCGCGUGAACGAUUUGGAGCAAACCGUGCUUACUCUAAGAGGACUUGUCAGUAAACUGCAAGCGGAGCAGAGGUCUGGUACUCAAAAACGCACAGACUCAAGGCCGAGCAGUGGAAAGAGCAAUGCAAGUGUCACAGAAAAGAGUCGAAAACAAGUAGAGUCGCACCGCAUAGAGAUAGCGAACCUCAAAAGGAGUCUGCAAGACAAAGACUUGCUUCUAGAGAGGUCUAAGGAGAUGCUGAAAAUUGCAGCGGAGAGGGAAGACGAGUUGCUGAGAGAGAAUGCCUAUCUACGUCGCCAGUUAGAUGAACUUACCAGGCACAAAGCUGGAUUUCUGUCUGCAUAACUAAUAUGAUUUUUUUAUCCCUAGUUCUUAGUUUUAAAUGAUUAAUUAAGCGC